AUGAAGCUGGAGGUGUUCUCGCAGCACUACGAGGACAAGCUGAGCACCGGCAGCGACCAGGAAGGCAGCGGCUCGCUCUCCCCGGCUCCGGCGGAGAGCGAGCUGGGCUCGGACGGUGACUGCGCGGCCAACAGCCCGGGCGGCGGGGCCGGGCGGCCGGGGCAUCCCCCGCCGCCGCCCCCCACGCCGCAGCCCCCUCCGCCGCCGCCUGCCGAGAGCGCCAAGGGGAAACCCUACACGCGGCGGCCGAAACCGCCCUACUCCUACAUCGCGCUGAUCGCCAUGGCCAUCCGCGACUCGGCCGGCGGCCGCCUGACCCUGGCCGAGAUCAAUGACUACCUGAUGAGCCGCUUCCCCUUCUUCCGCGGCGCCUACACCGGCUGGCGCAACUCGGUGCGCCACAACCUCUCCCUCAACGACUGCUUCGUCAAGGUGCUGCGCGACCCGGCGCGGCCCUGGGGCAAGGACAACUACUGGAUGCUGAACCCCAGCAGCGAGUACACCUUCGCCGACGGCGUCUUCCGCCGCCGCCGCAAGCGCCUCAGCCGCGCCGCCCCGCCGCCGCAGCCCGCCCGCCCCGCCGCCGGCGUCCCGCCGCAAGUGCCGCAGGAGGCGGCCGGAGCGGGCGCCGCGUCCCCCGGCGCUUCGCCGCGGUGCUGCUGCGCCUCCUCGCCCUGUCACUGCGCGCCGGGCGCCAAGGAGGCAGCGGCGGGGGGCGGCGGGGCGCGGCCGGCGGGCGGCGGCGCUGCCAAGUUCUCCAGCUCCUUCGCCAUCGAGAGCCUCCUGCAGCGGCCGGCAGGACCCCGCGCCGCCCCGCCGCCGACGCCGCACGCCCGCCUGCUGUGGCCGGCGCCGCCCGCGCCCCCGCACCUGCUGCCCGGCCCCUACCCGCUGCUGCCAUACGCACCUGCCGCGCAGCCCCCGCCCGCCGCCGCGCUCUACGGCGGGGGCCUCCUGCAGCUCUGCGCCUACGGGCUGGGGGAGCCGUCGCCGCCGCCGCUGCUGCUGGGGGGCGGGCGGCCCGCGCUGGCCCCGGGGGAGGCGCCGCCGCUGGCGGAGCGGCCGCGGGCGCCGCUGUUCCACGCCGGCCUCCCCAAGGGCGGGCGGGGGCCGCCGCCCGGCUCCCCCCUCUACGGGCCCCUCCGGCUCACCGGGCCGCUGCCGCCGGCGGCGGGGGGCUCGGCCUCGUUCCAGCCGUACGCCGUGGAGACCCCGCUGGCUUAAUGGAGCCCCCCUCCUCCCCUGCGAGGGACCUGCCCGGGGAGGCGUGGAGGGGGAAAGGAGGAGGCUCUGGAUCCCGCACUUUAACUCCAGAGGCGACCACAGCCUCCAAGCAAAAGCCUCGGUGACUGUGCCUUAGUGAAAUGACAGUGGGUUUAACUUAAGCCAAAA